GGCUCACAUCUGACAAGUACACAAAAUUGGGUUGGUUAAUAUUCAACAAAAAUGGCGGUCGUCUGUCAGCUGUUUUGAUGAAUUGGCCAGGAACCCAGAGUGACCGAGAAGAGGAAGCGAGGUGGUUUAUAAUAUUUCACAAAAUAGUGAUUUAACAUGUGACAUUUACCAGGAACACUAAGUCACUGAUUUAUCUGAAACAGUGCGAAACGUCGUUUUCUUGUGCAAUACGAAUAAUCUGACGUGCACGAACGUGAAUUGGUGGUUUGUUUACAAAUAUUUAUUUGGUAUUUUGGCUUGCCGCUCAAUAUCCGAAAACUAUAUGGCUACAUUCAGCAUGUCUGUGUCGUUGUGGGUUAAACCGGAACCAUUCAAUUUCGGCGCAUUGCAGAUACCGCCUCACCCGAAGCUGUCCAUGCACUAUCUGAAGAAGAUAGCUGUGUAUGCCAAAACAAAAGGUAAAGGGGGAUUUCCUCGAUUGACAUAUCCAACAUGGAAACGUAUUGCAUGCAGUAAAAUGGGAUUGCCUGAAGAGGAGGCAUGGUUGUACUUUGAAGGUUUCGAUUUACUAGACAGAUGUCCACCAGAGCAAAGAUUACAAAUUGCUGAAUUAUUUACAGACUGUAAAACGCCAGAAGACACAGAACAAGUCAAAAACAGUUUGUCAGUGAAUACCUGUGAGUUUUUACUAUAUUUAUUUUUACAACAAGUCUACAAGAUUUCAUUGAGAACAUCAUUGGUAUCAACUGGAGAAGAAUGGCCAAUGAGAGCAAGGUCACCUGAUAUUGAAGGUAGAUCAUCAGGAGUCGGAGCUAAGAGUAUGGAUGAAAAUGCACAUCUUAUGUUUAUACUUAACAAUCUGAAUGCAAUAUUACAGUUAUUGGUUGAAGCAGAUUGUUUUGUUGGUGCCAACAGUAGUGAAAAUAGACUAAGCAUUACUGCUGUGGAGGCGCUGGGAUUCAUUAUAGCAGCAUCUACUGAUAAAAAACGAUCAAUGAGACCUUUACUGGAGGUAGCCCUCAUGCAACCUUUUCAACAAAAAUCUGGAUUUUCUAAAAUUUCUCAAACCUUUUCUCUGAGGACGUUUGAGUCUUGGUUGAGAGCUAAUUUGGGUAGUAAUCCAUUUGGUUUAUCAGUUUGUAUAUCAGCGGGGCGGCGACUGUCAUGGCCUGCAACAGGCAGUGAUUAUAAGGAAGACAGCGGUCAGAAAAGAGGAAGAAUAGCAACCAAUGCUCAGUUUGCUCCAAAAGAGUGUAAAAUUAUUAUAUUGUCACAAGUAGGAAAACAGACACUAGCCAAGUGUUCAAAAACCUUGGAAGGUGCUGCUGUUAAAAUCCACCGAUGUCAUUAUGCUUAUAUUUAUCUUCUGUCACCUCUUAGAUCAGUGAGUAUUGAGAAGUGUCGUCAUUCUACGAUUGUACUCGGAUCUGUGGAAUCCACGGUACACGUCAAUGCAUGUGAACAUCUGACGUUGAUUACAACCUGUAGAAGACUUUCUGUAAAUGCAUCUACAUUAUGUACAUUCCAUGCAUUGACAUCAACAAGACCACUAAUAUUAGGCGGUAACGAUUCAAUAAUAUUAGCUCCAUAUCACACACAUUAUUCAUUAUUAGAAGAACACAUGGCUAAAUCGGGUAUUGCUGUGACACCCAACAUGUGGGAUAAACCAAUGUGUCUAGGUCCAGAACAUCGACAAGCGAGUCCAGUUUGGUCUUUAAUGCUACCAAGAGACUUCUUUACAUUUGUAAUACCAUUUAGUAUUGAAGGACUUACAUCGGAAAUUCCUGGUGGUCUGCCAUCAAAGUAUGAGCGUGGUUUAACACAACGAGAGAAAAAUAUAAAGACAUGGCAGAAGACUGUCAAAGAAUCAGGUCUGUCGGAACAACAAAGAAAACAGUUCCAGUCAGUAGUAGAAGCCAAAUUUCAGGCUUGGUUAGAUGACAGUGGACAUAGACGACAACUUGAUGGACUAGCCACACCAAGUAAAUAAACGUUUACGCACUGCAGGUCCACAAUGUGCGGAACAACAUUGUUCAAGGCAAACACAGGACAGAAACUGUCCUGUAUUGUCAGGGUACGAGUCCUGUAUGUAUAGUACAUAACAUCAGCUCAAUAUUUGUUAUUAUAUCUGAUACAAUCCUGUAACUAUUACUUUGAGUACGUACAUGUAUUGAUUCUACUUCACGUUGGUUCACUCUAUCAUAGUCUAGGGAGAUGCUUGCAUGACGUUUUGGUGUUACGACAGGGUUAAUCACUAGGUGACUACAUUUGAAAUAUCUUGUAUAUUCUAUGCACUAAAUCAAAAAAUAGAUAAAAAGGGUAUUUAACUGUGUUGACAUGCACUAAAAAUUUCACUAUCACAAAACAAACAGAAGACUGUGAAACCAAAUAGUCUAGUUCUUUAUUCUAGCAUAUUCAGAUGCUGCAUAUUUUGGAAUUCAUGAAUGUAAUAAAAUCAGUAAUUUAAUCCCCCCCCUCCAAUAAACCUUUCCUCCAUAGUAAUCGUCCAUCAGCAAGUAUGUUCCAUGAUGCUAAUACUGAGAACAAUUUGAAUUGGAACUCGUUCAGAGAAUCCAUACCAUUGUAAAAUAUGCAUGGUGUAGUAUUAUUAUUAUUAAUGAAAUAUUCUAUUAUAGCUCUUCAUGGUUGUAUCAAGCUUAGAGUUCUUAGCCUGCACUUGAGCUUUACUGAGAAUAGAAUUUGUCAAAUCUAAUCCCGUUUUUUUUUAAUACAUCCCCUUGCCACAAAUCAUUUGAUUUGCAGAACAGACUUUCCAAUUUUGUGUUUUACUACUAUAAUAAUAUUUUAUAAUGUCUACAUUGAACCAUAAUGAAUGUCCUGACAUACUGCCAGUGUUUAUAUUUGUUUGUUAUAUCACCAAUAUUAGCUCAUAGAUUGUGCAUUCUAAUUCAAGGGGGAUUCUUGGAACUGUAAUAUGGUUAGUGAUAAUUUCAAAUAUUAUGUAAAUAUAGAACAAAAUAAUUUUGAAUAUGGCAAUGUAAAUUUAUUAUCAUAUGUAUGUUUUAGGUAUUUAUAUUUCUACC